GAAAGCCCCCGCCGGGCUGCGGGAGGCGACGAGUCAGUGGGUCAGGCGUUGCUGAGUGAGGAGAUCGGCGAGUUCGAGUCCCUCGGCUGGCCGAGCCGGGAGUUCCUAUCGGGCCGCUGUAGUUUUUCCGCGGCGUUGGUAGGGGAGCGGCGCCUCCGCCGGAGGAGAGAGGUUCGCCAGGAGUUUGUCCAGAGUUCGGGCUCCGGCCCCCUCGCCACGCCGCCGCCAUGCCCGUCUUCCACACCCGCACCAUCGAGAGCAUCCUGGAGCCCGUGGCGCAGCAGAUCUCCCACCUGGUCAUCAUGCACGAGGAGGGGGAGGUGGACGGCAAAGCCAUCCCGGACCUGACCGCCCCCGUGGCCGCAGUGCAGGCUGCCGUCAGCAACCUGGUCCGGGUUGGAAAAGAAACAGUGCAGACAACCGAAGACCAGAUUUUGAAAAGGGACAUGCCACCAGCCUUUAUCAAAGUGGAGAAUGCCUGCACUAAACUUGUCCAGGCAGCCCAGAUGCUACAAGCAGAUCCUUAUUCAGUACCUGCUCGUGAUUAUCUCAUUGAUGGAUCAAGAGGCAUCCUCUCUGGUACAUCAGACUUGCUUCUGACGUUUGAUGAGGCAGAGGUCCGUAAAAUCAUCCGUGUCUGUAAAGGAAUUUUGGAAUACCUAACUGUAGCAGAGGUGGUAGAGACUAUGGAGGAUUUGGUGACAUACACAAAGAAUCUGGGUCCAGGAAUGACAAAGAUGGCCAAAAUGAUUGAUGAAAGACAGCAGGAAUUGACUCAUCAGGAACACAGAGUGAUGUUGGUGAACUCCAUGAACACUGUGAAGGAGUUGUUGCCUGUCCUUAUUUCAGCUAUGAAGAUUUUUGUAACUACUAAAAGUUCCAAAAGCCAAGGAAUAGAAGAGGCUUUGAAAAACCGCAAUUUCACAGUAGAGAAGAUGAGUGGUGAAAUAAACGAGAUCAUCCGUGUGUUACAGCUCACUUCCUGGGAUGAGGAUGCCUGGGCUAGCAAGAAGGACACUGAAGCUAUGAAGAGAGCUUUGGCCUUAAUAGAUUCCAAGAUGAACCAGGCAAAGGGCUGGCUAAGGGAUCCCAAUGCAUCACCAGGGGAUGCUGGUGAGCAAGCUAUAAGGCAGAUCCUUGAUGAAGCCGGAAAAGUGGGAGAACUGUGUGCAGGCAAAGAACGCAGAGAGAUUCUGGGAACCUGUAAAAUGCUAGGCCAGAUGACUGAUCAAGUGGCUGAUCUCCGAGCUAGAGGACAAGGUGCUACACCAAUGGCCAUGCAGAAAGCACAACAGGUGUCUCAAGGUCUGGAUUUGCUUACAGCAAAAGUGGAAAAUGCAGCCCGCAAACUGGAGGCCAUGACCAACUCCAAGCAGGCAAUUGCUAAAAAAAUUGAUGCUGCUCAGAACUGGCUCGCAGACCCUAAUGGGGGAAGUGAAGGGGAAGAACAAAUUCGGGGACUUAUGGCCGAAGCCAGGAAAAUUGCAGAACUGUGUGAGGACCCCAAAGACAGAGAUGACAUUCUGCGUUCCCUGGGAGAAAUCUCUGCUCUGACAGCUAAACUGUCAGAUCUACGAAGACAUGGGAAAGGAGACUCUCCAGAGGCCAGGGUACUGGCUAAGCAAGUAGCUACAUCACUGCAGAAUUUACAGUCUAAAACAAACAGGGCGGUAGCAAACACCAGGCCAGUUAAGGCAGCUGUUCAUUUGGAAGGCAAGAUUGAGCAAGCUCAAAGGUGGAUUGACAAUCCGACAGUUGAUGACCGUGGAGUAGGCCAAGCUGCAAUCCGGGGACUGGUGGCUGAAGGUCGUCGUUUAGCCAAUGUCAUGAUAGGACCUUAUCGUCAAGACCUCCUUGCCAAAUGUGAUCGUGUAGAACAGCUGGCUGCCCAGCUAGCUGAUCUGGCAGCAAGAGGAGAAGGAGAGUCUCCUCAGGCUAGGGUGAUUGCCACUCAGCUCCAGGAUUCUUUGAAGGAUCUGAAAACAAGGAUGCAAGAAGCUAUGACCCAGGAGGUUUCUGAUAUUUUUAGUGACACUACAACCCCAAUUAAACUAUUGGCAGUAGCAGCCACUGCACCUCCUGAUGCACCCAAUAGGGAUGAGGUGUUUGAUGAAAGGGCAGCAAACUUUGAAAACCAUGCUGCUAGACUUGGAGCAACAGCAGAAAAAGCAGCUGCUGUUGGAACUGCUAAUAAAACGACUGUGGAAGGCAUUCAAGCAGCUGUGAAAUCAGCAAGAGAACUCACGCCGCAGGUAAUAUCAGCUGCUCGUAUUCUCUUGAGAAACCCGGGAAAUCAAGCUGCUUAUGAACAUUUUGAGACCAUGAAAAACCAAUGGAUUGAUAAUGUGGAAAAAAUGACAGGGUUGGUAGAUGAAGCAAUUGAUACCAAGUCUCUGUUGGAUGCAUCGGAAGAAGCUAUUAAGAAAGACCUAGAUAAAUGUAAAGUUGCAAUGGCCAAUAUCCAACCUCAGAUGCUCGUAGCUGGUGCCACCAGCAUUGCUCGGCGAGCAAACCGGAUCCUGUUGGUGGCAAAGAAGGAGGUUGAAAAUUCAGAGGAUCCCAAAUUCCGGGAAGCUGUUAAAGCAGCCUCUGACGACCUAAGCAAAACUAUAUCACCAAUGGUAAUGGAUGCUAAAGCUGUGGCAGGAAACAUUUCUGACCCUGGUUUGCAGAAGGGCUUCCUGGAUUCUGGAUAUAGGAUUCUGGGAGCUGUGGCAAAAGUCAGAGAAGCCUUCCAGCCUCAAGAACCUGAUUUCCCUCCUCCUCCUCCCCCUGACAUUGAGCAGCUUCAUCUGACUGAUGAACUUGCGCCUCCAAAACCACCCCUUCCAGAGGGUGAAGUUCCACCACCCAGACCACCUCCUCCCGAAGAGAAGGAUGAAGAGUUCCCAGAGCAGAAAGCGGGAGAAGUGAUUAAUCAGCCCAUGAUGAUGGCUGCUAGGCAGCUACACGAUGAAGCCCGAAAAUGGUCUAGCAAGCCUGGUGUGACUGAGGUUAAUGAAGCCGCUGAGGCUGAUGUAGAUGUAGAUGAGCAGGAGGAUGCAGAUGAUGUUGAAUUCACUCUCCCCUCUGACACUGAAGAUGAUUACGAGCCUGAGCUGCUGUUAAUGCCAACCAGUCAGCCUGUUAACCAGCCCAUUCUGGCCGCUGCUCAGUCUCUGCAUCGGGAAGCAACCAAGUGGUCUAGUAAGGGUAAUGAUAUAAUUGCUGCUGCAAAGCGAAUGGCCCUGCUGAUGGCAGAGAUGUCCCGCCUAGUGAGAGGUGUCAGUGGAAACAAGCGUGCCCUUAUUCAGUGUGCCAAGGAUAUUGCUAAAGCAUCAGAUGAAGUGACUCGAUUGGCCAAGGAGGUGGCAAAGCAGUGUACCGACAAGCGCAUUAGAACAAACCUCUUGCAGGUGUGUGAGCGAAUCCCAACCAUCAGCACACAACUCAAAAUCCUCUCCACUGUUAAAGCUACCAUGUUGGGUAGGACAAACAUCAGUGACGAGGAGUCAGAACAGGCUACUGAGAUGUUGGUUCACAAUGCCCAGAACCUUAUGCAAUCUGUAAAGGAGACUGUGAGAGAAGCCGAAGCAGCGUCUAUUAAGAUUAGAACAGAUGCUGGAUUCACUCUUCGUUGGGUUAGAAAGACUCCUUGGUAUCAGUAAACAACUGCCAACUAACAUUAUCUUCUGUAACAUAAAAAGCCUUUUUGAAGCAGAAGAGAAUUUUUUAACAGCAAAAUGUGCUGUAAACGUGAGCUUAAAAUUAGCUUCUGCUAAUGCCCCAUUCUAAGGGCAUUAAUUAUAAAAAUAUGCAUUUAAACAUCUUUGGAAAGUGUCUCAAAAUUGAUUCCGACACAUUGACAAUUUUUAUUCUUUUUGCUUUUGAAGAUUCUCUUUUUAUGAAUUCUGUAAUCCCAGAGACACGCUUCUCAUUUAUGCACUGUAUAUUCCAGUAGUUUCCAUAUGGUGGUAUGACACAUGGACUUUACUCAAGCUUGAAUCGGCAGUCUGGAACACUUAACAGUGUUGCUUACCUAUUUUGGGGGGACAAUCAAUGACACUGAAAAGGCAAAUUGUUUUAAUGACAUUUUCAGCAAGCUGUUCUCACACCACAAAAGUGUAACAAGGUUUAUGUAGUAAAGUUCAUUUACAUCAGAAGUGAUCCCCUCUUUGGCGUGGGGGGUAUCACAUUGCUAAAAUAGUCUCUUAUGCUGCUGUUACGUUGUCUGGCAGUGAUAUCCUAGGUCAGGAAAAACUGAGCUGUCUUUUUUACUUCCCAUUGCCACCUGUAGUCAUUCCAGAAUCUGCAUUCGUGUGCUAUACAGAAAUGGUUGGUGAUGGAUGUUCGUCGCAAAUAAUGACAGCUUGACUGUUCAAGUUUCAGAGGCCUUAGAAAAGCACAGGACACACCCCCCCUCCCCCCAGUUAAAAAUUUAGUAGAAUAGGGGGCUAAAAAUUUGGGAUCUAUCGAGUUAGCUGCAUUAGUCAGUCAAUCAUGUUCAAAGCAACUUUUUGUAUGAACAAAAUGCUCAAAUAGAACACAAUCAAGAUCGAACUCCUUUCCUUCGAAACCAGGCACACCCACACUCUGCCUCUGCACACUUUCUUCAGAGUUGUUUUAGGGGAAAAUUACACUCUGUUUAAUGAUGCUUGUGCCUCACUGCCCUUCAUUCUAAUGAUGGAGCAUGUGGGAAAGUAGAGGCACUCAAUUUAUGGAGUCUGUUGGUGUUCCCAAUGUAAAUCUGUUCAGAUAUAAUGAGCCAUGAAAAUCAUUUCUAGACUGAAAUUCUAUAUACACAUUUAAGGCUUAGUAGCAAUUAACUGAAUUAGAUGUUAAAUUAUUUUUUUUCCAAUUGUGUUAAGAAAACAGACUUGGGAUGGUUUUUGUACUUCCACACUACUUACAUGCCUUCAUUUUAACAUGCUUAUCAUAGCUAUUCAAUAAUAUUUUUUGACAUUUAAAAUGAAAAGUAAUUAGGUUGCUAACACUUUAGAAACUGCCUUUGUGUGUGCAAAAACAUUUAUUAACUUGAUUAUGUUUGCCAGCAUUGACAUCAUAAUGGCUCCUUAGUUUCCGUUUGCAACGGAUUGACACAAUGAUCAUGCUCAAGCCACCUUUGUUAAUGUGCUGUUGCUGCCCGUUGAUCAGACUCACAGUAACAGCAAAGGUGAGCUGUGUGGUAGUGUCAGACUACAAUUACUCCACACUUCCUGUUUUUCCUCUUGCCUGCAUGGUUAUCUAAAAGGGAAAUUACAUAUUUAAAUUAGAUUAUAAUAAUCUGCCUCAAACAGACUUUAGCAAGAGAAAGCACUUGUUCAUCCUUAAUUCACUCCUUGUCUCCUGGUAAUGCCAAAUACAUGGUACUUAGGGUCUUUUCUCAGACUCCUCCAAUAACUACCCACACCAGAAAGGGUGAUGGGGUGGGACAGAGCCUUAACCAGAAUGUCUUGCCUUUGGUUGGUUUAGAUCAGACCCUUAACACUAUGUAAUGUAGUCAUUUCUAUUUAAUAGUAAACACUGAAUAGGAAAGGACUCUUGAGGGUCUUCUGAAUAGUCUUCCUGUAUUUGCUUUCAAAAUAGUUCAAGCUUCUCUGUGGGUACAUCUACACAGUGACUAGAUGCCCGCGACUGGCCCAUGCUAACCAACUUUGGCUCACAGGGGUUGGGCUGCAGGGCUGUUUUGUUGCUGUGUAGACUUCUGGGCUUGGGUUUUAGCUUGGGCUCAGGACCCUGCGAGGCGAGUCCCUGAGCCCAACUUGCCUGGCACUGGCCAGCCCCAGGUGUCUAGUUGCUGUGUAGACAUACUCUGAGAUUUUUAGCAUCACUAUCUAGUUGCUUGACUGAUAUUAAUGCAAUAUUACUAAUGCCUUUAAUACAUGAUUGUUUAUGCCAAAGAUCACUUUGUUUUAUUAAUGAAUGGUUGGGAAAGUAAGAAUCAUGUUUGCCUUUGAUAUUUCUUCAGAAUGUUUGCUAUAUAAGUUCUUAACUGUUUUGUAAGAGCUGAAAUACUGUACACCUUAUGCAAUUUGUGCUUUCUUGAACACUAUUGGUCUUCAUACCUAAAAUGAAGCAAAAAUUUAAAAAGACCUUGAAUGUUGGUUAGAAAUGUUUUACCACUAAUACUUUGUUUAUAAAUCAAAAUUUGUUGUAUAGUCUAAUAUUUUCAACCUUUUCUUUUUUGUUCUGUUAAAACAAAAUAAAAAUGCAUUUGUAUAAAUGUCA